AUGAAGAAAAAAGAGCUCCAAUCAUUUGAUAAAAAACAAACAUCACAGUUAGGCGUGAGGGUUCUCUCUAGCUUCUCCAUGGUGAGGCGCAAGAAAGUUCACCCGAAGCCUACUACAAUUGACAAGGGAAAGAUUAAACCAGGAAGUGAGAAAGAGGGUGAAGGUUCGAUAGCAGUGGAUGAUGAAGUUCCUUCGACUGAAUUGGAGGAAAUCUUUAAAGAUUCUAUGGCUGAAUUCCCUGAGUUUGGAGGCUCGAUUAGGAGAGAUCGAAAUAUGGAUGGGGAUGAGAUUCAAGAUUCUGGGUUGAAAUGGAGCGAACAAGAUGAUGGUGACAACGAUUUUAUGACUCGAGCCAAAGAUAAGUGGUCUUCGUUUAAAAAUCUGUUACCGAACCAAGGUGGUGCUCGACUGAAAUUUGCAGAACCUUUGGUUCAAGAUGGCCAUCGAAUUGCUCAAGUAGAUUUGGAGGAAAUUGCUGUUGAGGCAUCUAUUUGGAACUCAGCUGUGGUUUGUAUGGUUUUAGGGGCCAAUCCCCCUUUUGCAAUCUUUGAAGGGUUCAUAAAGAAAAUGUGGGGAAAUUUGGGUAUUGAGAAGAUUGCAAGGUUAAAUGUCGGCCAUACUCUUGUUAAAUUCAGAGAUGAAGUUACUAAAGACUUGGUGUUAGAGAAUGGGGUUUUGCAUUUUGAUAGGAAGCCAGUUAUUGUGAGACCUUGGACUACUGAAUUAGAUCAUCUGAGGUUAGUCAAAUCAGUUCCUGUAUGGGUGAGAUUACCUGGGUUAGGUUUGCAAUAUUGGGGAACCAAAUGUCUAAGCGCUUUGGUGAGUACUCUUAGGAGACCAAUUCUAGUUGAUAAGGUCACAAAGGAUAGAUCUAUGAUGAAAUUUGCCAGGGUUUUAGUGGAGAUUGAUAUAACUGAUGAGGUUCCGAAAUCUAUCCAAUUCAUGAAUGAAAGAGGCCAAUUAAUGGAACAAUUGGCUGAGUUUGAAUGGCUUCUAACUCAAUGUAAGAAUUGCAAAGUUUAUGGCCAUAUUGUGUCUCUCUGUAACAGGAAAAAAGAGGAGAUAUGGAAACCAAAAGAUCAGAAAGCUGGGGGAGCUGAUGGCAUCUUGGAGAGUCCUAAAGCUCAUUUGCAAUCAACUAAUGUUGAGGGUGUAACUACUCAUAUAUCCAAGACAGAUCAGGAAAAGGAGAACCAGAGCUCAUCGAACAUCAAUGUCGAUCAUGAGGAUGUUUGGGUAACACCUAAGAGAGUGGGUGGGGUGAAGAAGCUGGCUCAUAAAGGUCAGAACAAAUUGAAAAACACUUAUGAUGUGUUACAGGAUAAGAGAUUAGAGGGUUUGAAAAUGGAUGAUAAUUCAGUUGGUUUAGGUUCUUUUCUUGAGACCAAAUUAAGGGGAGAAAAAGUGGAGGAUAUGAUGAGGAACUAUUUUAAUGGUUGGAGCUUUUAUAAAGGGAGUGUUAAUGAAGGUAGAAUUUUACUGGUGUGGAAAAGUAAUAUGCUGGUUGUGGAUAUAAUUCAAGAAAGUGACCAAUUCAUUCAUACUCUUAUUAAAGAGUUUCCUGCUGCUGCUUGGUUACUGACAGGGGAUUUCAACUCAGUUUUUGAUGGUGAUGAUAGGCUUGGGGGUCGUUCUGUGACGACAGUUGAAAUGAAUGAUGCUCAAAGUUGGAAAGCUUUAGGUAUGGCUGAUGAACUUAGGUCUAUUGGCUCUCACUUUACUUGGACUAAUAACCAAGCUGGUAGGGCUAGGAUUUACUCUAAAAUAUACCGUAUUUUUAAGAAUGAAGAGUGGAUUGAUUUGUUCCCUGAGUCCGUUGCUGUUAUAAGGUGGGACAUUUUUUCAGAUCAUUGUUACUAUCUUAUUAAGACUUUACAGGAGGUGGUUUCUGGGUUUAAGCCUUUUAGAUUUUUUAACAUGUGGAUUGAACAUGCUAAAUUCAAGAAUACUGUUAUGGAUUGUUGGAACAAACUUGUUAAUGCUCUUGGGCUUGAUAAAGUGAUGGUACAACUUAAGAGGUUGUCCCGGGUACUGAGACAGUUUAAUAAGCAUGAAAUAGGAGAUGUUGAAUGUAAUUUUCAGGCUGCUAAGGAGAGGUAUAAUCGGGCUCAAACUCAAUGUCAGCAAGCUCCUCAUAUUGAUGUGUUUCAAAUUGAAGAACAGACAACAUUUAAUAUGCUGGUUCAACAGUAUAGAGUCUAUGACAGUUACCUUAGACAAAGAAGUAAAGUGAAUUGGCUUAGAUUUGGAGAUGAUAAUACGACUUAUUUUCACGCUUGUUUGAAGCAAUGGAAGGAAAUAAAUCGUAUAACCUCCUUUGUCACUGAAACCGGGCAAUUAGUUGAGAAUUAUGAAGAGGUGGUGGAUCAUUUUAUACUGCAUUUUCGGAAUGCUUUGGGCAGUCACAGUAAAACUUUGGGGUCUAUCCAAAAUGAUUGUUUUAUACAUGGUAAUAUUCUUUCUCUUGAGCAUCAGUUGGCCUUAAUAAAACCAUUUUCUAGGAAGGAUGUUAAAAGUGCUAUGUUUAGCAUUGGUUCUAUCAAGAGUCCGGGACCGGAUGGGUAUGGUUCGGGUUUCUUUAAAGCAAUGUGGAAUGAGAUUGGUGAUGACAUUUCAGAUGCUAUUUUAGGUUUCUUCCAGCAAGGUUCACUUCCUAAAGGUCUAAAUAAUGCUUUGUUGACAUUGAUUCCUAAAGUUCCGAAUCCCACUAAGGCAGUGGAGUAUAGACCUAUAGCUUGCUGCAAUGCGUUAUAUAAAUGCAUUUCGAAGAUGAUUUGUGGUAGACUGAAUUUGAUCCUUCCAGUGUUAAUAAACCAAAAUCAGGGAGCUUUUUUUAGAGAUAGACUUUUAGCUCAUAAUAUCCUUAUUUUUCAGGAUAUUCUUAAAGAGUUCAGGGUUGUUUUACUGGGAGGAAGGGGCUUAGACAAAGGGACCCGAUUUCCCCUUUGUUGUUUGUGUAUCAUGGAAUACUUUACUAGAUUUCUCAUCCAAGCUACUCAGAAUAAAGAUUUUAAGUUUCAUCCGAGAUGCAAAAAGCUGAGUUUGGUGAGCUUAUGCUUUGCGGACGAUUUAGUGCUGUUUUGCAAGGGUAACAACACUUCAGUUCAGGUUAUUCAAGCUUGUUUUAAGUCUUUUAGUGCUGUUUCUGGUUUAACAGCAAAUUUGGAGAAAUCGAGAGUUUAUUUUGGUGGUCUAUCUGAGAAAGAAACUAGAGAUAUUUUGAAGGAGCUUCAGUAUGCUGAAGACACUUUAUCCUUUGCUGGAAAAGCUCAGUUGAUACAUUUUGUGCUUUUGGGGAUUAGAGCCUUUUGGAUGAGUAUCUUCCUUCUCCCUAAGAAAGUUAUUGCUAAAAUUGAUCAUCUCUGUAGGAAGUUUCUGUGGGGUACUAAUAGGAGGAAUGAUCACAGGAGUAAGUUGCAUCUCACAGCUUGGGAUCAAGUGUGUCUUCCUAAACAAUUGGGGGGUGUUGGCUUUAAGGAAGGUGUCAAAUGGAAUAUGGUUUUACUUGCUAAAUAUAUAUGGGCUGUUUCUUCUAAACAGGAUGUUCUUUGGGUUAAGUGGAUUGAUGCCAUUUAUCUUAAAGGACAGUCUAUUUGGGAUUAUAAGCUUCAAGCGGAUGUGAGCUGGUAUUGGCGUAAACUCAUUAAGCUAACAACUGUCAUCAAGUCUGAGAUAUUGAUCAAGGCAACAGUGAGGAACAAAUUGAAUACCAGUAAAUUGUAUGGUCUGUUGGUUCACAAGGACAGAGUUCAUUAUGAUCAUGUUGUUUGGUGUAAUUUGACUUUGCCCAAGCAUAGGUUUAUCCUUUGGCAAGGUACUUUGAGGCAUUUACUAACUAGAGACAACUUGCUAAAGUGUCACUUACAGCUGCCUUCUGACUUGUGCCCUACGUGUGAAUUGCAGCAAGAAUGCCAUGAGCAUCUUUUCUUUCAAUGUCAAUUCUCCCAAAUGGUGAGACAUAGAGUUGCUGCUUGGCUGAACUGUGAUGUUUGGCCUGUCCAGUACCAGGGAUGGAUUGAGUGGAUGAAGGGGAAACCGAAAGGAAUUCAGCAAAAGAUUCUAGCUGCUGGUUUAGCAGCUGCGGUUUAUUUGAUCUGGUGGAAUAGGAAUCAUUGCUUGUAUAAUCUUUGUUCUCUAUCUGUGAACUCGGUUGUUUCUUUGUUGCAAAAGAGCUUAUUUGCUAGAAUUAAAAAUCUGCCUAGAUCUAAGCUAACUAGUAAGGAUGUAAUUUUUCUUGAGAGAAUCAAUCUCUUGUAA